CGAGUGUCUGUCGAGGCACGACUGAACUUAGAUCGCUAGGUUGGCUGAUCAGUCCAGUUUGUUUAACCUCCUUUCCUCUACUCUUGGUAAUGCUUGUCGCUCCCGAUGCCCCGGCAUUUGCUGGAGUCGCACGGUUGAGCGGCAUUGGCCCAAACUCCGCACACGAUUUCUUCCUCACCUUCAUGAGGAUAGCUUAGCUUGUGUUGUCAAUUGUGCUUCCAAUACUGUGGCGUAUCUCGAGGAUACCUGCCGGUAUUUUCGCAAUAUUUCAUUCAUUUUUUUUUUAUUUUUGCAAAUUACUGCACUGAAUCGUGAUACGAAAUAGGUUUAAUCUUAAGUUUCUCAACACUUGUUAAUAAGAGGAUACCGGGCUAUGUGAUUGAUAAAUCAAAGUGCUGACGCAGCAAGAUUCAGAUGCAGUUACUCCAUUGAUCUCUUUGAGUAUGGUGCACUUUCGAAAGAACGAAAUAAUACUAAGAAAUGCUCCAUUUUCGUUCAUUAUCUUCCAAUCACAAAGAGCCAAAGUUUGUGAGGGGUGUUUGACCAAGAUUCAAGCGCCAAUCCCUUGUAAUGGAUGCUCCAUGGUGAAUUAUUGCUCUCCAAAUUGCCAAAAUUCCACGGAUCCUUCACAUCUCCACCAAACAUUAGGAGAGUGUUCCAUUCUGAAGGAUAUUGGACCCCUUCGAUACUAUCUUUGUGACGAUGUUAGAAUGAUUCUCAGGACGUACUUGGCAGACAAGGUUUUUGGAUCCAAAGCAGAUGUCGUUCCAACUCGUCCUAAAAAGAUGAGAGGGUUUGCCGAUCUAAUGGACCAUGCCACAGAAAUUGGUCUGGACAGUCCUAACAUACUUAUUGAACUCUGGACGCAGCUAAAAAUGGUUUCCAUCCCACAAUUCAAUUCACCAUCCUGGUCAACGUUUGUUUCCACUUACGGCAAGAUUUUGACAAAUUCGUACACCAUCAUUGAUGAAAAAUCCGGAGAAAAAUUGGCCAAAGCGCUCUAUUUGGGUGGCAGCUACUUCGAUCAUUCUUGUCAGCCUAAUGCCCGACCGAGGUUUGACGGAUUCAGUUUGGAAUUGUUGGCCAUGGACAACAUUAAAGCCAAGGACGACUUGCGGAAUGUAAUCAAAUCCAACAUAAAAGGUUAUUUGUUUCCAAUUUGGCUUACUUUGUAUUCAUUUUUCCAGGUUCGCAUUUGUUAUGUUGAUGUCAAUCAAACUCGAGAAGAGAUAAAUAAGGAACUUGAAGCAAUUUGGUAUUUCAAAUGCGAUUGUCUACGAUGCAAUAGCGAAUAAAUAAUGUCAUGAAUCCUAGAAGUUUUUCCUUGUUUAUGUCUCUCAACUCUUAAGUGAAGGUGCCCCCCUACUAAUCGUUCAGUUACCAAUAUCGUUAAUCUUGCAGAAAUGUAACGCGUUAUUGGUAAUGUUACUCGAAUAGUAAGAACCUU